AUGUGGCGUAAUUUGGCAUACGGGUCACAGCAGGCGGCAGAAGCGGCGCCUGCUUUUGCUCCCACGAAGUUGGUGGAGACUGUAGUCUCUCAAGUGGACGCGUCAUCCGUGCCGAAGAAUGACGGCGCUAAGGUUUACAAAAUUCUAGAGUUUCUGCGCAAAGUUCCAAUGCACAAAGCAGUAUCUGUAGCUGAAAUAUUUAAGCAUACGGGUGUCGACCUUACAAUGGACGACCAAGUGGAACAGCGACUCAAAAACAAUCCAAAAGUUCGAUUACAAGGAGACCACUAUGCGUACCAGGCCAAAUACGAUAUAAAGAAUCGCAUGCAGCUUCUUAAAAUCCUCGAUCGUACCCCAGAGGGUAUGCCUAUUGAAGACUUAAUCGAUUGCUACGUCAGUGUAGAGGAUGACCUGAAAGAGUUGACGCGCACGGGAGAGAUCAUUUGUUUAAAAAACGCGGACAAGGGCGCUGAAGUAUACUACUCACGCGGGUCUGCAUUUCUUGUGGAUCUCUCUGGAGUUGCGACUGUUGAAGCUGGCAGCUACUUGGCCCAUUCUAGUGAAGACAUUACUGAGGAGAUUCGUCGUGGUGAUGCACUUCGCGUUGGCGACAAUUGGUUUCGUGUCUCGGCUGCAGUAAAGAGUUCAAGUGCGUCUCGACCUGUCCCUUUUGCGGGAAUGGCAACGAAAAGUGUGUCUUCAACACGGGACCCCAAUGUGUCAAAGAAAAUUAAAUUUAUGUUUAAAUUCGACAAAGAUCAUCUUCCUUUGGAUAUUCCUUUUCCGGAUGCAAAGAGGCGCAGUAUAGCCAGCAGUGAUCGCUGGGAUCUUUUACCUAAACGUGGCCCUAAGUUUCAAAUGGUGAAGCACGGCUGUUCAAAUGAUAUACGUCAGCUGUGGCGGGACACUAUGCGAACGUGGCCCUCAGAUCGCGCCGAAUUCGAAAAGAAGCUAGUCCAAGCAGGUCUAACUACGCAAGCAAAAGUUGAUGCGAAUCGUCGCCAAAUGAAGCGCCGACUGAAGGAAGAUAAAAAGAAGAAUCGUCCUCGUAAGCAGCGCGAUAUCAAAAUCACCAAUCAUCAUCUAAUUGGCACGAAGCUUGGCGAGAUCCUGGCAAAAGGGAGCCAAGAGCAAUUCACGCUUGGUGCUGUUCGAUUUGAUAAAAAGUAG